CCUACCUUCACGGCCGAAGAGAGGCUAGGCGCGGCUCCGAAGUCGACUCCUGAGGCAUCGAUGUGUCCCUGAGGCCUGGAGUGCCUGAAGCUUGGCAUCGCGGCAGAUGGAGUUUAUCAUCAAAUCUCCGGCAAUAGAGAGCAAUUGAGUACGCAGAGCUGGCCCGAGUCGAUCCAAGGGCCUUAUUCCUCUUGUCUCGGUAUUUCCCUUCUAUGACGUGUGGACCAUCCUUAUACGUCUUUCUUCUGACCCUUCUUUACUCGUCCUCUCUUUUCAAUGACUCCCGAAAGCCGCGAUAACUCCGGCCAGGCACCGGGCAAUGUAAGCAUCUCACGCGCCAGGGAUUAUUUCGCCGUCCCUGCUCCGAUCAAGCGCAUCUUUGAUCGGUUUCCUCUUGUCACUUAUCCUUCCAAUGGCCUUCCCCAACGGGGUGCCUUGAACCGAACCAGCAAUAAGCUGUUUGUAUUCACAGAUGCGGCGGGUGCGAAACAUGACCGACCCUCAUUCAACCCACAAUGUCUCAAGUGGCAGGCAUACUUAAAAUUUGUCGGCAUUGAGUUCGAUAUUGUUCCAUCGAAUAAUCAUGCAUCGCCAACCGGUGCUCUUCCUUUCCUUCUCCCUGCCCUUCCAGUCAACAACAAUGCCCCGAUACCUUCGACCAAGCUACAAAAGUGGGCUAUUGAGCAAGUUCAUUGCGAAGAAGAACAGCAGUUGGAUUUACGCUUUGAAGUAUAUGCAUCAUUGCUGGAUCAUCGGAUACGAAAUGCUUGGCUAUACACACUAUAUAUAGACAAUGAAAACUUCAGCUCGGUAGCUCGACGACUCUAUGUGAAUCCGUCGACCACCAACUCGCUGGUACGCUCUGCUCUAGCAUCUCAGCUUCAGCAGGCUGCAAGGGAUGAGCUCCUAAAAUCGUCCCAAUACAUUGAUGCUAGCGCAUUGGAGGUAGAAGCGGGCGAUGCCUUCGAGGCACUUUCUACGCUUCUAGACACUAAUGAACACUUCUUUGGACGGUCUACUCCUGGUUUAUUCGAUGCCGGUGUCUUUGCAUAUACCCAUUUGAUACUAGACGAGGGAAUGGGAUGGAAGCGGAAUAGGCUGGCAGAGCUUCUGCAAAAGCAUGAAAAUCUAGUGCAGCAUCGGGAAAGGUUGUUAAAAUACUUCUAGAUAUUGAAUCUUGGAACAAAUAUUCAUGUAUAUUAUUGCUAGCCCACGUUUUCUUUUUCAAAUCUCACAGCAGAAACAGGAACUAGCUUCAUAAUAGUAGCGCCUCAUCACAACCGCUUUCUAAAGCAGAUGCCAAACCACACCGUGAUGCCAAUCCACUUCUUCGCUCUUUUACCCAGACCCUCUGCCCUUGUCUCAGUCACCUUUCUCUCUCGAACCCGCUCUCCAUCUAACUCUUCAACAUCAAAUCCCGCCUUCUCAGCGGCAUUUAACACAUCCUCAAUGGUAUGCGAAUAACUAGUCGGCCGAAUCUUCGUCCCAGUCGCCGUAUCCACAAAUCCCGCCUGGCUAAUCGACCCCAUCUCAGAAUGCAUAUUAGUCAAAAGAAAAUAACCCCCAGACCUCAUCAGCGCCGCCACGCCCUUAAAGAACUGGUCCACAGGAAUAUGUUCCAAAACCAACGUUGAGAUCACACCCACCGCGCCCAGACUACACUCCGGCGGCACCGGUGGCGACUGAAGCAAAUCGUAUAUCUCCAACGAAACCCUACUAGAAAGAGAAGCAUCUGUUUCCUUCUCCUUAUCGAUCACCGUCCGCGCAACAUCCAGCAUCCCCGGUGAAGCGUCCACCCCAAC